AUGAGGCAACUCUUAGACCAUCCGCCUUCUUGUCGCCUCUCAUCUUCCUCUGCAUUUGCCAUGGCUGGAGAAAUAGUAUAUGCUGAUUUAAACAUUCCUGGAGCCUUUUCCACUUCAAAGUCACUGCAUCCAUCUCAGCAUCCCAAUAGCGCUCGGUGCCCGCGCUGGCAUCGGAUGGCUCUAUGGCUUGGAUGGGCCGGGAACGUCAUCCUGCUGGCAGCUGUGAUCGCACUUGGUGUUUGGGGUCAGACUGGAAGACAGAGAACAACAAAUGGAACUGAAUGUAAUUCCAGCCUGAAGGAUUCCCAGUCUUGCUUGAAUCAAAGUUUGUAUCCAAAGCCAGACAACAACUCAACAGAGGGCUGUGGGUGCAAACUGUGCCCCUCUGACUGGCUGCCGCACAAGAACAAGUGCUAUUGGGUCUCUAAAGAAAGUAAAACGUGGAAUGAGAGUCGUGAGGCCUGCUCAGCGAAGAGCUCUCAAAUGCUCGUGAUCCAAGACAAGGAGGAGAUGGCGUAUGUACUGAGUAUUCCACAACGGAACCUGGUCUGGCUUGGACUCAGUGUUACAUCCCCAGAGAGGAAAUGGACCUGGGUGGACGGCUCCACGUUCGAUGAAACACUGUUCCAGCUCACAGGCGCUGCUGACAGGGAGAGCUGUGGGAUGAUCAAAGGGAACCGCACUAUUUCGGAAACCUGCACGGCUGUAGCUAAAUGGAUUUGUGAGAAAGUUACCCUGAAAUAA